AUGUGUGACUCCAAUAGCAGAUUGAGUGGAAGGUUUAGCAGCAACAGGAGUUUCAGACCACCACCACCAGCACCACCCAGACAGCCAGACAUGCGCCGGGGCAUGGACAGCAUCAGCAGUUGUUUGGGGGGCUCUGAGGGGGCAGAGAGCAGGUACGAGACGCCCCCAGCCUCAGAGCUCCAGAGGCUGAUGUGGACCAAACCAGGGACCAGUGACCAUAUGGAUGAGGUUCAGCCCAGGAUCUACAUAGGAGACAUGUAAGAGAACUCACCCUCAAUAUAAUAGGCUAUACUGUAUACUAUAAGUGCCACUUAGCAGAUGCUUGAGUUCAUAAAUUUUUUGUAAGUAUAUGUGAUAUUUUUUAAUCACAUAGACUGAAGCUUGUCCCUUAUUAACAAUGUAUGCAGUUUUGACUAGCCCACACUGUAAAACAUUUCCUGUAAAAUGUGCCGUAACUUACUGGCAGCAAUUGGCCAGUAAAUUACUGUAUUUUAUUUUACACUACAGCUACGGUUAUCCACUUUACAGUAACAAAAAUGUCACUGUAAUCUAAUAUACAGUACUCAUCACAAUUACUGUAUAUUACUGUAAUUACCCAGUGACAUAUUACCCAGUGUUUUUUGCAAGUUUUCAUUUUUCCAUUUACAUUUUGGUAAUUUAGCGAGCACCACUUGUCCUUAGCAACUUAGUCAGUGCAUUCAACCAAAGUUGAUUAAAAAAACACAUAUCACAUUCAUAGUAAGUUAAACAUUUCUGUAACCGUUAUUGAAGAUGUUGUUGUAGUUAAGGAUACAUUGGUCUUAAACAUUUAUGUAAUUACAACAAGAUAUCUUAUGAUACAGUAUGUCUCUAUCUCUGGAUAGUGCCAACACAGUACUGAAAUAUUCACGGUAACUUGAUGCCAGCUUCCUGUAAAUUACUAUAAUGUCAAAGCAAUGAAACGCAGUACAAUACUGUAAAAGUGAUGAAUACUAGGUGUUUUAUAUCACUUGCACUUCUAGAGGUCUAAAUGGACAUGGUUAAAUAUUGAAACAUUAAAGGUUUAAGACAUGCUACUACUCUGAUCUGUUCCCUAUAUACAUUUAAUUGUUAAGGAACUACUACCACAUGUCACAGGCACUCCUUAAAAUAUGUUAAUGAGCCAGACUCUUUCCCCGCAACAACAUUUUCCAACAAUGCACCAUAUUAAAUUCUGUAAAACACAUUUAAGGAUAUUUUACUGUGCAUUCUACAGUGUUUUACUGUUGAAAUUACAGAAGUCUUGCAGUGCAGUAGUGACAUCUACUGUCACAAGGUCGUGGAUUCAAUUCCUGCCAUGACUGUAAGACACAUCGAUAUAAGUGUCUGCUAAGAUGUGAUGUGAUUCGAGGGGACAUGGUUUGAACCAGAGAUUAAAAUACCCUGGUAACGCUUUACUUAUGACUCUUUAUGUCAUGCAUAUACAGGCUUAAUGAAUGCUUUAUGAACGCUACAUAUCACCACUAAGUGUUCAUAAUCAACCAGACAUGCCUUUAGAACAACGUCUUAAGACAUCUCAAGACAGACACAGGUGAUGGCUGGGUAUUAGCAAUACCACUUACAUGGUCUUGUGUGUUGUUAGGUAUGCAGCCAAAGACAAGAGGACACUCCAGACUCAUCACAUCACCCACGUCUUGAACGCAGCGGAUGGGAAGUUUAAUGUGAACACAGGUGCCAGCUACUACAGGGACACUAGAAUCUCCUACCAUGGAGUGGAGGCAUUCGACAUGCCCUCCUUUGACCUCAGCAUCUUCUUCUAUUCUGCAGCCAAAUUCAUCAAGUCCGCCCUGAGCUCGCCCAACGGUAAGCAAUCAAUCAACCAGUCAAUUAAUCAAUCAAUUUUAUAAAGCCCUUUUUACAUGAUCAGUUGUCACAAAGUACUUUACAGCUACCCGACCUAAGGAUCUUUUUACCAUGCAGAGAGCAUCAUCUCUAAAUGUAUAUUCUGUGCAUGUUUUUUUCUCUGUAUCAUUUUCUCUAAAAUUACCUUUGAAAUUACAUUGUUUGUGAAUGAAUUAUAUUCAAACAUCAUUAGUCUGUCAGUUCUAACACAAUGCAGCAAUCCUCCCUUCCAUUCCAUUAGCAGUUAAAAUGCAAAUCACAAAGCUGCAAAAACAUAAUAUCAAGCUAAUAUCGUACCCCACAGUAAUCUCCUCAUAAGCUGGUGACCUUGGACAAGAAUAUUGGUUUUAAAUAGAUUUCCCUGGUAAUUUGUAAGCAACACUUUCAUUGGACAUGGAAAUUACAAAAUUAUGUUUGUGGACUUGUGCUUUAGCAGAGCUGCUACUUCCUGUCCUCGUUAUGCAGAGUGCAUCCGGUAUCUGACUUGACAGUAAUAAGAUGAUGGGAGCGUUCCAAAUGGCACCCUAUAGCCUAUUCCCAUUCCCUAUGGGCCCCGGUCAAAAGUAGUGUAGUAUGUCGGGAAUAAGUUGCUAUUUGGGACGUAGACAAUGCCUCCGCUCCCCUCCUCCACAUGCUGACUGACUGGUUGAUCGGACUAGCCCUCCAGUGUGUAGUGGGGCCUACAGUAAUCCCUAGCAGAAACACACAGCCUGGAAGACAGUUCAAUUACCCGCACCCAUGGGCCCUAAGCCCCAAAGCAGGAUAAGAAACCACGGAUUACCAUGUGUAGAAACAUUUGUUGCAACAUUGUUGAAAGAAAACUUUUGGGAGGUAGUCUAUUUAGAAAUAUCUCCAUUUUUAUAUUAAGCCUACAGGUCUGUAAGGCUGUUUGACACAAAUUACACAAUAUGAAAUAAACAACAAGUAAUCUAUGAGGUGUUCUUCUACUAAAUGGGAUAUGGUACAUGUUGCCAGGGGGAUUUGGGUGAGCCAAGACAUCACUUAGGUAAACAAAAUAGAUACAGUAGGUACGGAAUUGAAGUACUGUAUGUAAAUACAUUUUACACAUGAUGGAAUUACCUAUGUACCUGUGUCCUUCUUCUUCAACUGAAUGAGAGCUAAGCAUGUAGCCUUUCUUCCCUGGCAGGUAAGGUGUUGGUCCACUGCGCCAUGGGUCUGAGUCGCUCGUCCUCUCUGGUCCUGGCCUACCUGAUGAUCGAUGAGAACCUGUCCCUGGUGGAUGCCAUCAAGGCUGUGGCUGCCAACAGAAACAUCUGUCCCAACGCUGGAUUCCUGGAGCAGCUCCGAGACCUGGACAAACAACUCCACUACCAGGCUAGAUGA